AUGUCUCUUUACCAAAAUAAAAUCAUCUUCUUCUCGUUUGACUUGAGUUCAGCUGACGAUCGGCGCCUCAACCUUAGCAUCCUAUCUACACCUUUUCGACGCUCGCCACCGCCAGGCAGCCGAUUCGAGAUGUGGCUUAUUGACACCGAUAGCCUCAAACUCGUCGAAGUGCAGGGCGACCCCCAGGAGGAGUAUGCGAUCCUGUCUCACACCUGGGGCAGCGACGAAGUCACGUUCCAAAGCUUCCAAGCGCUCGGCUUGGCCUCGGACACGGCACCCGGUCCGGGGUCGGGCUCCGCGGAUGCGGCCGACCAGAUCCGCUUUACCAACGGCUUCCGCAAGAUACGAGAUGCAGCCAACCUGGCCAAGAGCCAUCGCCACCGCUACCUCUGGGCCGACACCUGCUGCAUCGACAAGACUAGCAGCGCCGAGUUGUCGGAGUCCAUCAACUCCAUGUACCGUUGGUACGAAAAGGCAGCCAUUUGUUACGCGUUUCUCUCCGACGUGGAGCCAGUUUCCGUGCAGAGCCCGUUUGCCAAGGAUUCGAGUUUCCAGAAUAGUCGGUGGUUUACCCGAGGAUGGACGUUGCAGGAGCUCAUUGCGCCAAAGACUGUUGAGUUCUACGCCGGGGACUGGUCUUAUAUCAACACAAAGCAGUCGAGAAAUGUCUUUUGCCAGCUGCUUGCCAGGAUCACUAGCAUUGACGAGCAGGUGCUCUCUGGUACAUCAUUCCUCAGCGACAUCAGUGUCGCGAAUAAGAUGCGAUGGGCAGGGCAUCGACAGACGACGCGACCGGAAGACAAAGCAUACUGCCUGAUAGGAUUGUUCAAGGUAAACAUGCCCUUGCUCUACGGUGAAGGUGACCGCGCUUUCACGCGUCUGCAAGAAGAGAUCCUCAAAGAGAGCGAUGACCAGUCCUUGUUUCUCUGGGGGAUGCCAGAGGACGUUCAACCCUCGGAUGACCUCUUCGGCCUGCUUGCAAGUUCACCAAGCUCAUUCUCAAGGGUCCACUUUGACCAUGUGCGACCUCUACCUCCUUCAGAAUCCCAAGAUAGUGCGCCAACCAGUGUCACUAAUCAAGGGCUCCGAACGAAUAUCCUCCUCAUCCCCCGACAGCCGGAUGGAGAUGAGUACUACGCUCUUUUGGAUUGCAUAGUCUCCAAGGCCGACUCUGCCAGCGAGGAGAUGAGCCCUUGCAUCAUUCUACAACGACUUUGGAGUGACCAGUUCGCAAGAGUUGCCUCUGAAGAGGGCUCUGUCAUCUUGUUUCCUUUAGAUCAUUUCGAUGACGCUGAGGGGACGUACGAGAACAUCUACGUAAAGGAAAACCCAUUCUACGCACUCCCUGAACUCAGUGUGAAAACAAAGCUUCGGCCCAACUCAAAGGAUGCUGUUUCACAUCUUGCCUUCAUCAUUCACGAAGCAUAUCCGCCGGAAAGAUGGGACACCACACUAUCCGUGAUACGGACUAAAGAGCCGCACUCGAACCGCGCCAUGGUCGUUUUACGCUUCAUGUCACUUGAUCGAAGCCAGCGAUCAGUCGUAGAUGUUGCCAUUGGGCUCCGUCGGGUCCGGAGACGGUGGGAAGUGUGCUACGAGAAGCAUCCUUACACUGGCAACAGUCUCGAGUCCGUCUACCUGGAGUUUUCCGAAAUUGCUACUACAUCAGAUGGCCCUGCAUCGUACCAAAACUCAAAAGGCUUGGGUUUCAUCACCAUCGACGCCAAAGAGUCUCAAAGAAGAGGCCGUCGAUUUAUUCAGCUGGAAGUUUCCGGUACUUCGGAACUUCUCUUUGCACCAAGUGACGAGGAUGUUCUGUCAAGUACGCCUAGGCGAAGUCCAGAGCCGCAAGAGCCUGUCGUACUGUUUGACGAGGUCGGCGCAGUUACGCGUUGCUGUUGCUAUCAAGACAGGUUCACCCUUAUGCUGGCACCGACACUUCCCAUACCCGAGGGAGUGAGGACAAAGACGGCAGUCAACAUUGCCAUUCGAUUUGGAAAUGAACUUCACGCCGUCAAGAUUGAGCAAAGUAAGCCAUACGCCGAUUUGAUUCGGGCCGUUCGAGCGCGAAGUGAUAGGGAUCUCCAGUCUCUUGUAAGGCAACGAAGAGGUCUUCUUGAGCUGCGGACAGAAGAGUUUGACGACUUCAGAGCCAUUCACUGGGCCGCAACUCUUGGUUCGCUAUCCAUGCUCAAGACGUUGUUGAAGCUGGGUGCGAAUACCAUGAGUCAAACCAGAAGCGGCUUUAUGGCUGUUCAUCUUGCUAUACUCAAUGUACCUAUACUUCUACCGCGGGUUAUAUAG